ACUAUUUCAACCUACAGAGGAGAGAUUCAGAGCUGUGACUUCUGCAGAAACAAAGUGAAACACAGGACCUGCUAGCGAACAUGGUAUACAAUAAUGUCAUGGCCUUCUAUGAUUCAGACAUCGAAAGCAACACUUUUUAUGAUUAUGUGUCAAUCUCAGAGAGCAUUCAUGCGGUGGCCCCAUGCAACCUGCAAACGACAGUUACUUUUGACCGCAGUUUCUUACCAGCAUUUUACAGUAUAGUGUUUCUCCUGGGAAUAUUAGGCAAUGUUCUUGUUAUGGUGGUGUUGCUGCAGAAUCAAUGGAGGCUGCAGAGCACCAACAUCAUUCUCCUACACUUGGCGUUGGCUGAUAUCCUUCUGGUAGUCACCCUGCCUUUCUGGGCCACCCAAGCAGUGUCAGGCUGGAUUUUUGGAACUGUGAUGUGCAAAAUGGUCGCCUCCAUUUUCAAGAUAAACUUAUAUGCUUGCACCUUCCUCCUAGUCUGCAUCAGCUGUGAUCGUUACCUGUCAAUAGUCUAUGCUGUACAGUUAUACAAGAAACAACGUACCCACUUGGUUCAUUGGAGUUGCCUUCUUGUGUGGUGCCUCUGCAUUGGACUCAGUAUUCCAGACAUGGUGCAUUUUCAAGUUAUCCAUGAACCUCGUACAAACAUGACUCAGUGCCAGCCAAACUUUGACUCCUCCACUUUCAAAAUCUGGAGAGUCUCCAUGACAUUUCUCUACCAUAUUGUAGGAUUCUUGCUCCCACUGUGCUUCAUGGUGUACUGUUACACUCAUAUCAUUUACACUCUAUGUCAGACUCGUGGAUUUAAGAAACAGAAAGCCCUGCAAGUUAUAAUUGCUGUUGUGGUGACUUUCUUCUUAUGUUGGACUCCAUACAACAUUGUGGCCCUGUUGGAUACAAUGAAUAUGUUGAAUUUUCUUGCAGACAACUGCACCACAGACAGCAACAUUGAUAUUGCGCUGUCAGUCACAUCUGGUCUGUGCUAUUUCCAUUCCUGCCUGAACCCUCUGCUUUAUGCCUUUAUUGGAGCUAAAUUUAAGAGGAAGUUGAUUGAACUGUUGAGCAAACUCGGGUGCAUUUGUCCUCAGUUUGUGAAGAACUAUAUCAAGUACAACCCUCCAGCCAAAUCUUCCACUUGGUCAGAAUCAGGAGAUACUUUGGCAUCUAGAAUGUGAUAUUGUCUCCUGUAAGCAAAAUAUCAGCCCUGAUAAUGGACUGACCGAUGUAAUUCUUAUGCUGGCUGCCGUGUGACAUUUCUAAGACUACAACAUAUUGAAAAAUCCAAAUGAAACUCUUUUUCACGCAUGGUUCAUUUCCAAGUUCAAUUGGAAUUCAAUUCCAAGUUCUCCAGGACAUCUAUAAAGAAAAGUAGGCACAUAGCAAGGCUCUUCAUCUUCAUAACAGAAAAAAAAUUAAUCAAAUGAUGACAUCCACUCUUAACGAGGCUGACGCUUAAUUUGUAACUUGAAAAACAUUUCUAGGUUGCUCUACUAAUGUAGGGAAAGGACUGUUUGUAGUACAAACCAGCAGCUUCAGCUGAAACAUUGACUGUGUAGACAGUACCAUUAAUGGCUCUGGAUUUGAGAAUGAGGUGCCCCUAGGCCAGCCGUGUCCUGCGCCCCUUCACCCAACACGAGUGAGAGCAAGUUAAAGGACCAGUAACAUCAAAAAUAAAAAAAACAUUGUUUGUAUACACAGAAAAAAAAAACAAGA